AACGCCAUUAUGUCUGAGCCAUCAUAUUUGAUAAGGGACUUUAAAAGCAACCAAUCUCUUUUAGGAAAUGGGUCUCUCAUCGCUGUUUUUUUGGAACAUGCCUCCAAUUUGUCGAAAUACAUAUUGGAUGACAAAGUGCUUGCAGAUUUGCAGAUUUUUAUUGGAAAAAAGAAGUACGGAGUGGAAUCGCAAAACGCCACGACCAAGUUUUUACUUAUCAUAGCAUAUUCUGUAAUCAUCCUGACAUCUUUCUUCGGGAACGCUCUCGUUUGUCAAGUGAUGUGGAACACGCGGGCACGCACAGUCACAAGUAUGCUUCUUGCGAAUUUGGCAGUAGCCGACAUCCUAAUAACCUUGCUUAACACUCCAUUGACUUUGGUAGGUAUAUCACGCAUUGUCAAAUAUGUAUUUGAAAUCAAACUUUAUGCCAUGUCAACUUUUUCUACUGUCAACAAGGUUCGAUUUGUCACCAGCACCUGGGUCUUUGGUAAAGUAAUGUGCCACAUCUGUCGGUUCGUCCAGUACUGCUCUCUGCACGUGUCAACGCUUACCUUGACUGUUAUAGCACUAGACAGACGCCAGGUAAUCCUACAUCCAUUCAAACCCAGGAUAUCUUUGGCAAGGGGCGUUUUCUAUAUCGUGGCUAUAUGGGUUAUGGCAAGCUGUUUCUCGCUUCCCCACGCUAUUUAUCAGAAGCUUUUCACAUUUGUCUACAGUAAAGGAACUGUCCGGAAUCUCUGCGUGCCGAACUUCCCAGAGCCCUCCGACUUCUACUGGAAGUACUUUGACCUGCUCACGUUCGUGCUUCUCUUCCUCCUCCCGCUCAUCGUCAUCACCGUGGCCUACGCCGCCGUGGCCCGCCGCCUGUGGUGGCGCCGCAACAUCGGCGACGUGACCAUGGAGCAGUACGUGGCCCAGCGGCGGAGGAGGAAACAGACCCUGAAGAUGCUGAUGCUCGUGGUGGUGGUGUUCACCGUCUGCUGGUUCCCUCUGAACUGCUACGUGGUGCUGCUGUCCAGCCAAGCCAUCCGGGGCUCGAACGCCCUUUACUUCGCCUUCCACUGGCUGGCCAUGAGCAGCACGAGCUACAACCCCUUCAUCUACUGCUGGCUCAACAACAGCUUCCGAGCCGAGCUCAAGCGGCUGGUCGCCGUGUGCCGCGGCCGGGGGAGGGGGGGCAGCGACCCGCCUCCUGCCCGUAGGCCGACCCAGGACCAGCGCCGCUCCGCCUGGCCUGACAACAGCAUCCGCUUGUGCCUCGUCGGCCACGCGGACCAGCCGCGGGGGCCCCAGCAGCCUCCGUCGUUCCUGCAGCCCUCCCUCCUGCCCCUCCUCCGGCCUGUCAGAACUGAUAUCAACUCCGUGGAGCCCAUAGUGGAGGUUGGCUGAGCUGUCUGUCCCAGCCCUCCCCCCCCCCCCCCCCCCCCCCCCCCCCCCCC